AUGUCGUACAACGUGAAUGUGAAGGGCACCGUGUCAAUGUCCGAUGGCAAAGUCAGUUUGGUCUUGGAACAUGAUGCACCACAAGACAAGAUCAGCAACGGCACAAUCAUGGUUCAUGAGAGUCGCCAGCCUCUAACUGAUCGCACCUUGUCGACAAUGAUCUGUCACGCUCAGGAGAAGCAGAAGUUUCAUGCCACUGGGUCAUUCGGUAUGUGGAAUGAAUCAGCAGAGAAGGCAUUGGUGACGGCACUUUUGCGUGGCAAACGCACAUCGAAGCAGAGCACAUCUACAAGCAUCAAAGCCAUUGAGGACGCCAAGGUGGGUCACAAAGCCAUUGAGGACAUCAAGGUGAAUCACAAAGCCACUGAGAACAUCGAGGUUACUGACGGCUCGGCGGAGACUUCUGUGAAGCACGAGAAAGACCCCACCAAUGAGAAGCACCCCACUAGCGACAAGCAUUCAUCGGACGAUUCCUCCUCGGAUGACGAGUCGUCGGGUUCGUCGUCGGGCUCAUCUACAGAUCCUCUACCGGAGUACACCAAGUGGAGCAGUGACUGGCACGACAUCUACGCAGAGGUUCUCAUGCUAGCAGAGGAACGUGCACAGUAUCUGCAUAUGCAGUGGCACACAAUGAUCUUUCCACAGGAUGUGCACUGUGAUGCGAUUCUCAUUGGGUCUGAAUCCAUCACCGACAUUGACUCCAUCUUGAAGAUAUGCAACAGAUGCCGUACAAACGUGAGGCACAACAUGAUGUUCCUGAGGGGUGAGGAGAUCAAUACCAUGACCUACAACGAAAUGGCAAGCUCGGGCGUCCUCUUCGUCAUUUCCAGAACUGCUUUCGCAAUGGAUUACCUUUUAAUGACCUUCCGACACACUGCCCGUAACCCCGGCGACCCUAUCCUCGUGCGGAAGAUUGAUCCGCGCAGUGGGUAUCCUGGAGCCGGGGCAACAAGUGCAAUGCUCCAGGCCCUGGACAAGUGUAGUGUGUAUCAAGCAAGAAUGGAAAUCCAUCGCUUCAAGCAUGUCUUCUUUGUGGUGCGGCGGAACUGCGCCUGGGCCUUCGCCUGCGUGGAAUUCCAGGAUCCUGGGCUGGUCGCUGCCCUCGCGCACGCGUGCAAAGGCGGGAAGCUUUGGACCUUCGCGCCCGACGAAUUCUGCGCCAUCGCCUGGGCGUUCGGGAAGUUUCGAAUGGCGGAUGCCGAGAUCCGUGCGGACCUGCUGGUGAUCUCUCGCCAGCGCUGCGAUGAACUUGACAACGUGAGCUUCGUAAACCUGGCUACCUCUCUCCUUACCAUGGUGGAGUCCGGUGGGACAAACGGUUCGGACAAAAGUUGGCAAGAGAGCGUCAGGCCGCUGGUGGAGCAGCUCGAAGCAUCGCUUGCGAAGCGGGAGGACUUGACGCCCCAGCAGAUGGCCGCCACCUGCCGGUCGUUGUGCCGGGCCGGCUUCCCGCAGGAGGCCAAUCGGAUCGCCGAAGGUUCAACGGAGCCAGAUGUGCUCGCUGCCCUCCUUGCGGCCGCCGAGCGCGCUGGCGACGCGCCGCGGUGCGUCGAACUCUGGAGCCGCCUGGCAUCCACGAUGCCGGCGCUGGCGUUGCGCGCGGCGGCACUUUUCUGCGCGGCCCGCUGGACUCGGGAUGCAAACCUGUCGGACGGCCGCCGCCUGAUCGACGAGCUUUCGAGCCUUCCGGAGCCUUUCUCUGCGCUGGGCGAGCUCCUAGGCGGCACCCCCACGGCCACGAUGAGGGCAGGUGGUGAGGUGAACGGUGCUGCGCACACCGAAGGGUACGGCGAGUUCGCAGAGCUGGGAGGACUCUUGGGGGCCGCUUUGCGCUCGGGUUCUCCCGGAAACCCGGCCCUAAGCCUCGGCGCGGUGGAGAGCUUUGCUUCAAGCUGUCGCCACCUCAACGCGUUUCUUGGUCCGCGAGCGGCGAUCCUGGACGAGUUCACUGCCCGCCUUCCGCAGCUGGUGGUGGAGAUAGGUGGUGGCUGUGGGGCCUGGGCUGCACACCUGGCCGCCCGGGUUCAGGAGUACGGCGGGAGAGUUGUGUCCAUCGAGUCCGACCCAGUCUACAUGGCGGUUUCGCGCUGUAUUGCCCACUAUGCGGGUCUCUCCAGCUCCCUUCAGCUCCUGCUUGGCGAGUCUUCUGACUGCUUGCCACAGCUGCUGGAAGCGAGAGGGCCGAGCUCCGUCGAUGUUCUUGUUCUCCGCGGCAACCGCGAGGGCCAGUAUCUCUGCGAGCUUCGGCGGGUCGAGGACAUGGGUCUGUUCACCUCUGGAUGCGUCGUUGCGGACCACAUGCUCCAGUUCGGCUCCCCUCAGUUCCUUGCCGACAUGGCGCGCUCACCGAAGUAUAGCCUUGAUCUGGUCGAGGUGGACACCGUCGGAGGAGGCACUGACUGGGUGGCGCUUUGUGCCGUCCGCGCACGCUUGCAAGAUGACCCCAGGGCCGAGAGAGAGCUGCCCUUGGGCCUGGCGUCCUUGCGUGCAGCCGCCGAGCAGGCUUGGAGACGGCAGCGUGACGGUGGAGACGUUUCGCACCCCGGCUUUGCAGCGCCAGAGCGCUUCCGAGAGAGGCUGAUGGACUUCGCUCGAAACCUGGGCCUCCAACCUUCCCAGCGAUUCCGGGGCAUCGCGCCGGCGCCCUUGCCGGAACGCUCCAAGGAGGCAGUGCACCAGUUCUCGUCUCAAACUGGGCUUCCGCCGACCGAGAUCAGCCUUCCACAGCAGGAGAUCCGCAGCGAUGCCAAGGCGCCAGCGCCCGAGCCCGGCAUGGGCGCAGCUUCCAGGUCACCGGUGGCACAGCAGUACGUACUGGCUCUGGACCUGAAACGAUGGCUGAACGCCGUGGACCCAACGGGCGGAUGUUUGCACUACUUGGCCGCCGUGCAAGAGAGGCACGAGACCAGCGACCACCUCACCAAAGCCUACGUCCACGAGUCGGCGGGUCGCUGCAUGCUGAAAGCCGAGUUCUUCAGCGAUCUGGCAAUCUCUGCAGAGCACCGCCCACGCUUCCUCCGCUGGUUCACGGACAGCUGCGGUGUGGAAGGAGUCCUUGGCGCGGAAGCCUCGGAUGCCGAAGCCGAGGCGCCGGCGCUGCCGUGCUCGCAGGCGGCCGCCAGGGAGGAUGCCGUCGUCGAUCUUCGCCAUCUUUCCUUCAGCGAUUGGCUGGCCAGCAUGGAUCCGGGUAUGGCUCUGCAGAGGUAUCUGCCGGUGAUUCAGGAAAGCUACGACACGGUGUCGCAGAUCACUACCACCUACACCACGGCAAACACGGCUGAGUCGGACCUGAAGUGCUUGGAUGAACAGAUCUUCGAAGACUUCGGCAUAGAGGAAGGGGAACAUCGGGCGCUUUUUCGCAGCUGGUUUGUGCGCUUCUGUGGAGUGAGGCCUGCAGAUAGCGAAGAGGACCCGGCAACUCCUCAUUUCGGUCCGGAAGGAGAAGAGGGAAAGGAGCCAGGCACGGCCGACCAGAGUCCCGAUGCCGCGUCGGCACCGCAGGAAGAACCAAAGAAGGUUGGUGAGACCCCGGGGACCGCCUUUCAAGCCCCGACAGGGCCCGGGGGCCAUGCAAGAGGAAGUGGCGGCUUCUUCGAUUUCGAGGACCUUCCGGAGAGCUCUCCUACCAGCACCGCGCAGCUUGAGUUUCGGGAGGCAGAGGACGUUUCGACGGCGUCUGCGGGAACCAAAGGUGUGGUCGAGAACGUGCAGCAGCAAGACUCCAGCGGCAUGUUCGACUUUGACCAGCUGGAUUCAUCCCAGGGGUUGACCGACAACUCGGCGAGUUGGGAUCCCGAUGUGAAAGCCGAAGAGGUCGUGCCGGCAGCCGCUGACAGCGUGCCGCAGGUCGCGCAUCACUUGCGGCCGUCGGCGCAGCCCUACAUUGCAUCCAGGCUUCGGCAGGCUCCUCGCGAUGCAGCGGCCGCCUCGGACGAGGGCCGGGAGGAGGCACGAGCUGCGAUCGAAAUCCUCGCGCGUGGCAUGGGCAAGAUGCGACAAGCAGGAGCCCUAUCGCGGCUGCGCGGCUUCCGGCUCAAAGAGGCUCCACACGCUGCGGACGCCUCAGCAGCCGAGGACCAACAAGAGGUGGCGCAUCACUUGCGGCCGUCGGCGCAGCCCUACAUUGCAUCCAGGCUUCGGCGUUCUGUUGCAGACGCGCCAGUGCCCAUGGAGACGCGAGCUGUUCAAGUCGAGGCUCCGCAAGACGUUGUGGCCGCACAGCUUGGCCAAGAGGAUGGAUCGCAAGACUCUGUGGCCGCUGUUGAGCCUGGCGAAAACGAGGCCACUGAAGACGACGCGACAGAGGCGAAAGGAGGUGACGAACAGGAGGUGAAGCCAUCCGGAGGUGGCUUCUUCGACUUCGACGACUUGGACGAAGCUGGCGGGUGA